CUUCACAUUCUAAUUUUUUUCUUCUUUCAAAGCUUCUCAAUGCAGGUUGAUGCUAAGAUCCAAGAAGCAUCCUAUGAAAUACUAUAUUUAAUUUAUACAAAAGGGGAGAUAAAGGAGUCGGUGGGAACAAAGUAUAAUCUCUCUCCACGUGAAGAAACAAUACACCAAACUCAUUGGGAAACGAUUAUAUCCAAUGGGUCUUUAUAAACAAUCUUUGCCUCUUCUCCUCUUUUCGUAAUCUCCUUGGCAUUUGAAAUGGCUUUGUUUGUUUGCCUUCUCCUUUUCUUCCUCACCUCAUUUGCUAAUGCUUGUGAUCGUUGUGUUCACCAAUCCAAAGCUGCCUAUUACUCAAACGAUUCACCACUUUCAUCUGGCGCUUGUGGUUAUGGCUCUUUAGCUCUUGGCUUGUUUAACGGACACCUGGCUGCGGGCGUUCCUUCUCUUUACAAAGAAGGUGUUCGUUGUGGCGCAUGCUAUCAAAUAAGGUGUAAGGACAAGAAGGUUUGCAGCAGAAGAGGGACCAAAGUCAUAUUGACUGAUCAAAAUGUACAAACCAACAGAACUGAUUUUGUUUUGAGUAAGAAAGCUUUCUCUGCCAUGGCUCAGAAGGGCCAUGACAAGACUAUUUUGAGACAUGGGACUCUGGACAUUGAAUACAAAAGGAUGCCUUGUGAAUACAAAAAACAAAAUUUGUCAGUAAGAAUUGAAGAGUCAAGCAAAAAGCCUCAUCACAUGGCCCUCAAGUUCUUAUUCCAAGGUGGGCAGACAGACAUUGUUUUGGUUCAUCUUCAUCCGGUGAAUGGGGGAAGAACGGCGUUCAUGAGCAGAAGACAUGGGACGGCGGUGUGGGAAAUCGACAUGAUGCCGGAAAAGGCAGUGAUGUUUCAAAUAAGAGUGAUUUCGGGGUUCGACGGGAUGUGGAUUAGGGCGGAGCGGGUGGUACCGGCAGACUGGAAGCCAGGGAUGAUCUACGACCUUGGAGUUCAGACAGAUGCCAUUGCUAAAGGACAAGAGAGUUGUAAACAAUGCGAUGAAGGGCAUUGGUGAUUAAUGCAUAAAAUAAAAUAAAAGAAAACAUUUGAGUUUUUCUUUUUAGUAUGUUUUUGGUUAUAAUUAAACAAAUCCUAUAAUAAAGAUCUCUUAGGUACUCUUUUUUUCUUUUUAACUUUCUUUAGAAUGGAGAAGUGUGGUGUUGUUAAUUUGUUAGGUUUGUUUCAAAAUUGUUUGAGUUCUAAUAGAUAAAGCUUAAUUUUGAAAUAUCAUGUUAACUUACAACUUUGUUUC